AUGGCUUGCUCACCAUCUCUCUCAGAAUCCCUCAGAUUCAACCUCAUCUCAUGUGCUUCAAGUGAUCCUUGCAACUCAUCAAUCUUGAUGCUUUCAAGAUCCUUCGAUUCCUCUAUGCUCGAUGCUGUCCACGGCCACAAGGGCUUUCCUCUUCCUCUCUGCCACCUCACACUCCCACGAUACACCGCCACCACCACCAAAACGCGCCUCAGGGGCGUCGUUUUCGACAUGUACCGUGCUGUCCUCGGUGACGAUGAGUAUCGCCGCAUCAAAGCCCAGAGCCCCUCCGGUAUCGACAACUUGUCUCAUAUCGACCGAUGGCUUCAACACCAACAGCAACAGGCCUAUGACACCAUCGCUGAUUUCAAGCGCCAAGCUCUUCUUCAUCUCCAAAUCAUGCCUGGUGCUGCUGACCUUUGUCGCCUUCGGGGAUUGAUUACACGCAAUGUCAAGUCUGCUGUUGAUAUAUUUCAUGAACGAUUUGGGAUUACAUUUUCUCCGGCGUUAAGCAGGGAAUUUCGUCCUUACAAACCUGAUCCAGCUCCACAGUUGCAUAUUUGUUCUCUUUGGGAAGUUCAGCCAAAUGAAGUGAUAAUGAUCGGGGAUAGCCUUAAAGAUGACGGAGGGGAUCCGAACCUAGCAGAAGUUAACACCGUUCCUCAACCAGGAACAACAGAUGAAGCAGCUUCUAAGGCUGAUGAUGAUGGCUCAUCAGUGGUUUAUGUCCACAGUGAUGCAACCUAUUGUAAGAAAUUGAAUAAAGGCUGCGCUGCUGGAAUUAUACGGAUAGCAGAGGAAACUUUCUGUUUGGAUUCUACAUUAAAUUAG